AUCCAUUAUUUGCAUUCUUUUUGGAAUCGGGCAAUUAUUGUCGACCACUCAUUCUUGAGGUCAGCGUUGUGGAUCAACUUGUCAUAGAUUCUGCAAUUCCUUUUUCCAGUGAGAAUUAGGAAGAGAUUGGAAAAAUGGCUUACAACCUUCAAUCCCUCCUCACCAUCCUACAGCAAAUCCUUGAUCCUCAACAAACAUGCUGGAAAUUUGAUCACAACAAACCACAACUCCAAUCCCUGUUCGAAAAGGUUGAAUCUCUGCUGCAGAUUCUUGAAAAGCCUUCCCUCACCAAUAUACUACCAAGUAAAUUGGAGAGCCGAAUCAGAGAUGCUUCAUAUAAAGCAGAAGACAUUAUUGAAUCACACAUGGUUUAUCAAAAGCUUUCCAACCCCCAAAGCCCGAGCUUGACCUUUUCCACACCAGAUCUGCAGCAAGUAACUGAAGAGCUGGAUUUGGCAAUGGAACAAGUGCAGAAGCUCAUGGAGAGGAAGAAGACGAUCUCAACUAGCCUUUCAUCAUCGAGUGGCGCUUCUUCCUCGCAUGAUGUGCAGCUAGCAAUUCAACAACUUGAAUCUGUAAACCUCGUGGAGGUGGUGGAAAAGAAGAUGCCAGCUUUAUGGACCUCCAAGAACAAUUUGGUGGGAGUUGAUGCAGAUAUGCUGCAGUUGAAGGAUCGACUUACAAAUAUGCAGACCAAGCUGGAGAUCAUCCCUAUUACUGGGAUGGGUGGCAUAGGUAAGUCCACUCUUGCUCGAAAUCUUUAUGAUGAUCGCCUCAUUAUUUCCCACUUUGAUUAUCGUGGUUGGGCUGCAAUUUCACAACUUCCCAAUAUGCGAGAUAUUCUAUUAAGUCUUCUUCGUCGCCCAGAUGAAAAGAUUGAUGAUGAACUAAAUGGAUGUAAUGAAGAUGAGUUGAAAGAUAUACUGUAUCAGAGGUUGUUUGGGCGCAGAUACAUGAUUGUGUUAGAUGAUAUAUGGAGCACCAAGUUCUGGGAUGAGAUAAGGAUGUAUCUCCCAAACAACAAUAACAGGAGUCGAGUUGUGAUCACGACCAGGGAAGCUCAUGUAGCCCAAUAUAUUGUAAACUCCAAGAGUUUACAUCAUGACAUGCAAUUGCUUAAUAUGUCAGCAAGUUGGGAUUUACUUCGCCAAAUUGUGUUUGGAGAAGAGGAUUGCCCUCUUGAUUUCCAAUGGAUAGGAAUUAAGAUUGCGAGUGAAUGCGGCGGGCUUCCCCUUGCCAUUCAAGUGAUUGGUGGGCUAUUGUCAAAGGUCGAAAGAUCAAUAGAUGCAUGGAAGCAUCUUUCAACAGAUGUAAGAGCUUCCAUUGUUGAAUCUGAGGAGCGGUUCUCCAAUAUACUCUCCUUGAGUUAUAACCACUUACCCAUUUACUUGAAACCAUGUUUCUUAUAUAUGGGGGCUUUUCCAGAAGAUAGCAAGAUAAAGGGAUCUAGACUUAUGAGGCUAUGGAUAGCUGAGGGAUUUGUGAAAUCUAUUGGUGAUAAGAGUUUGGAGGAAGAGGCUAAGGAUUAUUUAAAACUUCUCGUGGAGAGGAAUCUACUUUUGGUUACACAAAAAAAGCAAAAUGGGAAAGCAUUGAGUUACUCUGUCCAUGAUCUUUUGAGGGAUUUAUGUAUAAGGAAAGCUAAUGAGGAGAAGUUUUUACACGUUAAGAAUUCGAUGCGGCGUGUAAGUGUUGAGUCAUCAUAUGACAUGGAGGAUGUGUGUGCUUCACCCCAAUUAAUGUCACUUGCCCGAUCUUUUAUAUGCACUAGUGAUAAGAUCAAUGUAUCCCCUGUUUUAUGCAUGUUAAGAUUGGUUAGGAUCUUGGAUAUUAUGGGUAUGUUAUUGGAGGAGUUCCCAGAAGAAAUUUUACAACUUGUCAACCUACGCUACUUAGCUAUCAACUGCUCUUCGGGUUUACCUGAUGGAAUGUCAAGAUUGCACAAUCUGCAAACCUUGAUUUGUCCACACUUUAUGCGCUAUGUGACAUCUGAAUUAUGGGAGAUGUAUGAGCUAAUACAUAUUAAGUUUGCAGAAUUUAUAAUGAAAAUCAAGAAGAUAAAAUUUGAUCUCAAGAAGCUGCAGACUCUUUACAUUGUGUGGAUAACUCCUAAGCUGAUUAGUAGUGGCUUUUUUGAAGGAAUACCAAAUAUCAUAAAGUUGGGAAUCUAUUAUGAAGACUCACCAAACAUUGAAGUUGAUCUUAGCCAUCUUCACAAGCUCGAAAUAUUGCUUUGUGAAUCUCAAUUGGAUAAAGAUGGUAGCCGUUUUCUGCACACACUCAGAUUUCCAUCUAAUCUUAGAAAGUUGUCUCUUCUUGGUUGUGUAGUAUUUAGGAGUUUGUUGACAACUCUGUGUACACUACCGAAUCUGGAAGUGCUGAGAAUAAUGGAAUGUCCAUUCGAAAGAGAGGGAGAAACGGCGGAAGAGGAAGAGGAAGAGUGGGAGGUGACAGAAGGAGAUCAAUUUCGCUCACGGCUGUUCCUUCUGUUACAAUUCUUAAAUCUGGUGCGCUGGAAAGCCAAUGAGCCCAACUUCCCUAAACUCCGGAAGCUGCAUGUAUUAAACUGUAAUAGGCUAGAGGAAAUCCCCAGCGCCAUUGGAGAUAUCUCAACUCUCCAAGAAAUUAGUAUUGUUGAAUGCGGCGCUUCUAUAGUGGCCUCGGCACAACAAAUUAUAAAGGAGCAGCAAGAAGAGUACGACAACUUCGACCUCAAAUUGUAUAUACGUUAGAACCCAAAAGGUAAACAUACAUGCUCCAUUUGUGACUAUACUUUUUUGUUCCUUACUAUUCUUUUCCCCCCUUACACAGUUGUUAUAUUUAUUUAUUUUUAUUACAGCUUGUGAUGUAUGUCGUUUGUAUGGUGUAACGAUUUGAAUAUUUUCAACCAAACGCAAGAAUCACUCUUGGUUUGUGUUAAAAUCUCUUAAAUUAGGUCCCACAUAUUAUGACGGGGCGUAUGAAAAUCUCAUAAAUUUUGUCAAUCUAUGUUGGUAUCCUCGAGAAAGCAAUACUGCGAUGGCGCCGGAAAAGGAAAGGCUUCUGCGGACUUGAAGUCCAAGCUGAUGAGACUCUUCACGAUCCGAAUCAAGAGAGUGACGCGGAAGAGAACUUCUUCAAGGCCAGCAGGAAGCAAGCUGAGGAGCGUAUCGAGAGGUCCGUUGUCAAAGUGCAGGCUAUGUUCCGUUCAAGACAAGCGCAGGAAGAGUACAGAAGGAUGAAACUAGAAUGCAGUCAACUGGAAUACGAAGAACUGCUCCAUCCUGAUACUGAAAUGGUAUGAGAAAGGUGUUUCUAACGCGGUAAAAAAGCUCAUCUCGGCUCGACUGGACUCCUUCGCGUAGAUUUGUAAAUUUUUGAACUUGAGUAGGCCCCUUUGUUUGGAUGAUUGCAUCUCUCCCCCUUUACAAGUUAUAUGGAGUUUUGGGGGAGGUCACUUCUCUUACUAAGUUGAUCUUGAUUCUCAUGAA